CUCAAAUUUCAGUUGAAUUUGGGGAAGGGAGGCGAGACUAAGAAUAGUCUUUAUGAUACUUGGCCAUUCACUUUUGUCUUUUGGCAAGCUUAGAUCGAUGGCGGACGGUAUUGAUCAAGAGCUUGUGGACUUCGAAAGUCUGCACGAAACCGUCAGCAUUGGAUCCUUUAUACAUAAACAGCCAGAGAGCGAGAUAAGCUUUACCCAAAAGAUGUAUCGAAAGAAACUUAAGUGGACCACCGAAAUCGAAGAAAAGCUCCACAAUGUGCGGCCGUGGAACUUGGGCAUCUACAGAGUUCCAAAUAGACUUCGUCAAGUCAAUGAGGAUGCCUACAGUCCUCAUGUUGUCUCCAUCGGUCCUUUCCAUCGACACAAGCCUAACCUAGUAGCCAUGAGGGAGCACAAGUCGCGUUAUGCGCUAUAUUUCUUUAAGCAAGCACAAGAAAUUGCACAAAAACGAGCUCUAAGUUUCAGCUUUGGAUCGCGCGAGUCUUCCGAAUGCAUGAGAGAGUGGGCGACUGCUAUUUAUGAUUCGGACGCAGAGGUUCGUGGAAGCUACGCUGAAGAUAUGAGCAACAUUGAUCAGGAGGAACUAGCAGAAAUAAUGUUGGUCGAUGGUUGCUUCUUAUUAGAACUUUUCAUCAGGUUUUACCUAUACGUGCACGGGAAGUUAGAAGGCCCUGAAUCUGAUCCAAUUCUAGAAAGUGCUUGGAUGAUUGCAGAUCUACGGCACGAUCUGGCAUUGCUUGAAAACCAAAUCCCCUUAUUUAUUAUACAUGAUUUGUAUGAUGCUAUCAGUGGUCAUCAGAUUCUUGUCGACAAUGAUUUGCCUCCGCCACAUGGUCUUGCUCUUCAUUUCUUUCAACCUGUGAGCCUCAAGGCAAGCAUUGUAACAGAGUGGAGACAUGAGCACAAGCAUUUGCUGGAUAUCUUGCACAAGUUCUAUUUCCUUCCGACUAAAACUACGGACUUGUCUAUGAGGCUCAAUAUGGAAUUGAUCCCUGAGGAGCAGCGUCUUAGGGCAGUCCAAAAGAAUAAAGUAUGGGGAUUCAAUUAUUGUGCCUCCGAACUUUUGGAAUCUGGAGUCGAGUUUGGCAUUGGCUCCAGCCAGGACCAGUUGCUAGACAUAACUUUCCGUGAGGGAGUAAUCAGAAUUCCACCACUGUUUAUCCACGAGACGACGAGUUCAUUGUUGAGGAACCUGAUUGCUUAUGAGCAAUGCAGUCUUAGUAGUACGCAUGGCGUUACAUCAUAUGCCUGCCUCAUGAAGAGUCUCAUCGAUUCCUCGCGGGAUAGCAAUCUGCUUCAGGAGAAGGGGAUAACAAAAUAUCACCACUGGAUUGGAGGUGAAGAUGAAUAUUUGACUCAAAUAUUCAGAAGUAUACUAGAUGAAGUUGUUGUCAAGGAAUUCCAUUUUAGAACCUUGUGCGAUGAAGUGAAUGAAUACUGUACGUCCUGGUUUCAUCUGAGAAAACUCAAAGUAUUUCUGAGGGUGCGGAUUCAAAGAUAUAGGAGGCUCCUUUUCAGCACUUAUUUUUCUUCUCCAUGGAGUUUCAUAUCAUUCAUGGCAGCGCUCACCAUUCUCGUUCUCACAUCUUUGCAGACAUACUAUUCCAUGCACACAGCUCGUACUAUCAAUUAAGUAUGCAUCUGUUUCAAGUAUCUCAAUCACAUAUGCAACAUUCCAGCAUGUCUUGAGCAUCCACAAGAUCCAUUACUACAACACUGUUUCAUCAACAAAACGAAAUAACACUUCAAUACCAUUUGGCAGAAAAGCUUACUGUAAUAAUGAUAAUCAUGAUUGGAGUUCAGGGCGUUACCAGUAAACUCCCAUGAAUUGAAUUCAUUAGCUGAUCAAGGUAUGAAAAGUAAUUGUAACCGAUUAGAAAACAAACAUUAACCACCAAAGGACUGCUAUAUGCAAUGAUGUCGAGUUGUAUGUUCUAUAGUUUGAUUUAGACU